AUGCAUCCAUCCUUUCCUCCCAAUACUUUUCCAAAUCAUUGGACGCUAGUCACUGGUCUCUACCCUGAAAGCCAUGGAAUCGUCGCUAACGAAUUCUUUGAUCCUCAUCUCGACGAACUAUUUUCUUAUACAGCUCCUCCUUCUAUUCGAGAUCACCCACAUUGGUGGGGCGGACAGCCGUGGCGUGUGAUGUGGCCUGGUUCGGAUGUUGCCAUGUCAUCUGUCCAAUCCAAUCAUAUUGUCCCCUUUAACCACUCACUCACACCAUUGGAUAUCAUGGAUGCAACCUUACGUUGGCUUGAUCUACCGACGCAUGAACGACCUCACCUCAUCACUUCCUACAUACCCCACGUAGACUCUACUGGGCACUCGGAAGGCCCAGAAGGAGACAAGAUUGAUUCGAUGCUGAAACAAACCGAUACAGCCAUCGGGUAUCUAAUGGAACAAUUAGUGGUACGCCACCUUGAAGAUCACGUACACAUUGUCAUUGUAAGUGAUCAUGGUAUGACGUCCACCAAGCCGUCUAAUUUGAUCUUUUACGACGACAUCCUUUCAAAAGAGUCUCUUUCUUUGUUGCGACGUACUGAAGCCGCGCCUUUGCUUGAUCUUCGACCGAAAGCGGAUGCUCCUCCACACACGGUACAAAAGGUGUAUCAAGAACUGGUUCAAUACACCCAAUCACAUCCUGAACCUCAUUUCCAAGUAUAUCUGCGUGAAAAUGUUCCUGAACGGUUUCACUAUAGUGCCUCGGACCGUAUCACCCCUAUUGUAGUGAUCCCGGAUGUCGGUUACACCUUUACCACACACGCAACGACACCGCACGCCAGCAAUUUCACGCUGAAAGGAAAUCAUGGUUUCGAUCAUAUGGCGCCCGAUAUGCGAGCCAUCUUUAUCGCCAGCGGACCCAAACUGACCCAAUGGUAUGAUCCUGGAACGGUCGUCGUACCUUUUUACAACGUCGAGGUAUUUGAGUUUCUCAGCAAACUACUCAAUAUCAAUGCGAUUCCCACCAACGGAACGCUGCAUGGCAUGUUCAUUCCGGCUCCAUCAUCGCCGCUUUCUUGA